UUUUUUUUUAAGAGGCGGGUUAGAAGAGAAGCUUCUGGAAGAGUCUGUGUGAGCUGAGGCUGUGAGGAUCCAAACGACUGCUUCAUACAAGGUUAUCCGUCAGAGACAAACAUGGUCAAGGAAACAGGCUUCUACGAUACAUUAGGUGUUAAACCUAAUGCUACUCCUGACGAACUGAAACGGGCCUAUCGAAAACUAGCUUUGAAAUAUCACCCUGACAAAAAUCCCACUGAAGGAGAGAAAUUCAAGCAGAUCUCACAGGCAUAUGAAGUUUUGUCAGAUGCCAAGAAGAGAGAGGUGUAUGACCGUGGAGGUGAAAAGGCUAUAAAGGAAGGAGGGACUGGAGGUGGCGGUGGUGGUGGUGGGGGGAGCUUUGCAUCGCCCAUGGACAUCUUUGACUUGUUUUUUGGUGGGGGCAGUCGGAUGCACAGAGAGCGAAAAGGAAAGAACAUUGUUCAUCAGAUAUCAGUGACGCUGGAAGAUCUUUAUAACGGAGCUACAAGAAAACUUGCUCUCCAGAAGAAUACUAUUUGUGAGAGAUGUGAAGGUCGUGGGAGUAGAAAAGGAGCUGCACAGAUGUGCAUGUCGUGCCAUGGCACAGGCAUGCAGGUCCGCAUGCACCAACUAGUACCAGGUAUGGUGCAGCAAGUGUCCACAGUGUGCCACAGCUGUCAGGGCCAAGGACAGAGAAUCAGCCACAAGGACCGCUGCAAAGCCUGCGGAGGUCGAAAGAUCCUGCGCCAGAAGAAGAUUUUAGAGGUCCACAUUGACAAAGGAAUGAGAGACGGCCAGAAGAUCGUUUUCCAUGGAGAGGGAGACCAGGAGCCGGGAAUUGAGCCAGGUGACAUCAUCAUUGUCUUGGACCAGCGAGAACAUUCACUUUUCACCAGGAAAGGAGAGGACCUGGUCAUGUCGAUGGAGUUGCAGCUGGUUGAGGCUUUAUGUGGUUUCAAGAAACCUGUUCAGACACUGGACAACAGAACACUCCUCAUCACCUCACGUCCAGGGGAAUUGAUUAAGCCUGGGGACACGAAGUGUAUUGUGAAUGAAGGGAUGCCCAUGUAUCGCAGGCCGUUUGAGAAGGGGCGCCUUAUUAUUCACUUCACGGUGGUGUUCCCACAAGCCAACUUCCUUUCCGAGGAAAAGCUGAAGAUGCUGGAGAGCUACCUCCCAGAGAAGCUGGAUCCAGAGCAGCCAGAGAGUAUGGACGAUGACCUCUACAUCUACGCCGACCUGGAGGACUGUGACCUCGACAACAGGAAAAGACACAACCAACAGUACUACUACAUGGAGGAAGACGACUAUGCUAGCCCAGGUGGUGUUCAGUGCCAGACAUCUUAAAUAUCAACUGGCCUGCUCUUAAUUAAAGAAGACCUCCCCUCAUCUCUAACGUUAAGCACCUUUUUUGAUUUUAGUGCACUUUUUAUUUAACUGUUGUUUUUCAAAGUUUUCUUUCAAUCUCAAUCAGAAAACGGCGUCCCAACACCCUCCUGAUUUAUUAAUAUAAUACUCUUCGCAUGGAGUAGAGUAUCAUAUAGUUCCAGGAUUAAUCUUCUGGGUGAAUGGGACUCCUCUUCAUCUCUGGGACCUUAUUUUAACUUUUUUUGUUGUUGUUUUUGCAAUCACACUGUGAUUAGAGACGAGGGGUCUCAGAGGCUUCAGAAAAAACUUUUUUGUCUGAACAAAGACUGCCUGCUUUUUAUGCAUUUACACUAAAACGGAUGCCAAUAUUAGGAUGAAAAUACCCUCUUUUUUUUUAAUAGUGCUACUAAAUCAGUUGUUGUUGUAAACCACUUGUUGAUGACUUGUUCAAUCCGUUGUGUGUGUAAAGACCCAAUCCUCAGAUGGUGUUGGAUGUGCAUUGAGGCUUGAGUUGAACAUUUAUGCUGUUUUACCCUUUCAAGGGCUAUUUUCUAGACAUUUCUUAACAAUCUUGAAAAUGUGGCAAGAAGACAUGAGGUAGUAGUAAAGGUGAUCAUGAUUCAGGCAUGACAGAAUUUAGGUUCAAGCCACUUAUGUAGAUUUUUCAGACUAAUAUUUAAAUUUGGUUUAAUAUUUUUGAGCUGCAAUCAGUUGUCUGGUGAUGCCACAUUUGUUUUUUUGGAAACCUAUUGUGUACAGUAGAACAUCUUAUAAGUAUAAACAACACAGUUUGAUAUGAGCCAAAUAUGACUGCAUAUUAAUUGCAGGGUAGGUUUUAGGUCAAAGAUGAGUAAGAAGUCACUUUAUUUUGAAAUAACAGAUCAGGGGAGUUUCCAAGAAGCAGGUUAACUGGAUAACUCAAAUUUAGAAUGGUUAUAUUAACAUAAUUCUUGUUAAAGAUGUUAUGUGGUUUUACUUGGCAAAAAGAGAUCUCAGAUAACUUUUGAAACCGCUUCGGAUAACAGGUCCAAGAUGCCUUCAUGGCAAAUGUUUUCCCUCUCUUUAAAGUGUCCAGUGCCAAGUUGCACCAAAGUCUUACAAAGAAAAAUAGUGAUCGUUUAGGUUGUUUUAAAGAUUGAAUGUUCUUGAGAUUAUUUCAGUUGUGUCAUUUUAAAAUCAUUGGAAAUUCCAAAUUUUAAAUCAAAGAAAAACUUUUUGAUGUUUUUUUUUUUUUUUUUUUUUUUUUUACUGAUGUAGGCGCACAAGAAAUUAUGUAUUUUAAUCAAAAAUGCCAAAUAAGUCGUCGGGAGGUCAUGGAGGGACUUAGAAUUGGCUGGUACCUCAUUGAAGUGUCCGCCUGUUUGAAAGCCUUAUAACUUAACUUGAAGCUAUAAUGCAGUUUUUUGGGUUUUUUUCAGUGAUGACUUUGCUUUGGAUAUUGUAAAACACAACUAUGCUUGCAAGAAGGGAGAUUCCUUUAGUUGUUGAAGCAGAUGCAAAUUAAUGAGUACUAAAAAUGUCUGGGGAACUCGACUGAAGUUCAACUCAAAUAAGUGUAGUCAAGUUCCUAAUUUGACUGGCGAUAUGUAUGUGUGUGUUAGGACCAAUGAUCUACUUGUUUAUGCUCAUGUUUUCUAAUUAAAUGCAGUUUGGUGGUCUCUCUAAAUUGUGGUAUUACUUUCUGUGAGUGAUAUUA